GGACCUUUCCUCGUGGCCAGCUUCUUAGAGGGACUGUUGGACGACUAGCCAACGGAAGUUUGAGGCAAUAACAGGCCCGGGUAACCUUCUUAAGGUUYAUCGUGACGGGGAUAGAUUGUUGUAAUUAUCGAUCUUGAACGAGGAAUGCCUAGUAAGCGCGAGUCAUCAGCUCGCGCUGAUUACGUCCCUGCCCUUUGUACACACCGCCCGUCGCUCCUACCGAUUGAAUGGUCCGGUGAAGUGUCUGGAUUGCGGUGAUCUCGGCGGUUUGCCGCUGGGGGUGCUGUGAGAAGUUCAUUGAACCUUUAUCAUUUAGAGGAAGGACAAGUCGUAACAAGGUUUCCGUAGGUGAACCUGCGGAAGGAUCAUUGACACGUGAAYGGCCGAUCUUCGGGGUGUGGGACGCUGGCUUGCUUGCCCUUCUGCCGCCCUUUGCACCCAUCCUCCCUGCAUCCGCUUUUCCCUUCCGUUUCAUCACCGUCUUGGGCUUAGUGCCCAGCUGGCGGCUGGCUCGGCGCAGAGGGGGGCGUGGUGUAGGUCGAGGGUGGGUGGAGUGGGCAGGGUCCGGGGCCUUGUGGCGUUGCUCCCCCUUCAUCCCGUCUUGCCUCCCCAGGUUGUUACCUCGGCCCAGCCCCAUUCUCGACUUCUGGUCGGGAUGGCGGUUGGUCUGGGCACGGACAGCCCUGCGGGAGGGUCAGGGGCGGGAUGUCGGGUGGUGGCGGCUGUCCUCGGCCUGCGUACCCCCGCUCCUACCCGUCUCAGCUUUGUCCAGACCUCCUUUCCAUCCCGGCCUCAACCUCAGCUUCGUGCGGAGCUUGUGGCUUGUUUGGGGAUCGAGGGUCGUGUCUUGAGAGCCAACCUCUGCAGCGGGCCGUGUGCAGGUUCCCUGGAAGGGGACGCCGAAGAGGGUGACAGCCCCGUCGACCGCCGGACCCUGCUGCGCAACGAGGUGUUGUCCAAGAGUCGGGUUGCUUGGGAAUGCAGCCCCAAUUGGGUGGUAAGUCCCAUCCAAGGCUAAAUAUGUGCGAGGGACCGAUAGCGAAGAAGUACCGCGAGGGAAGGAUGAAAAAAACUUUGAAAAGAGAGUUAAAGAKUGCUUGAAAUUGCCGAGCGAGAAGCGGAUGGAGGGGAAG